AAAAAACUGUCACAAGUCGCAGACGCCAAUUGAACUGCUGGUGCGCAUGCCGCGAGCAAAGUCUACGCCGCGCGAUGAAGUGCCGGCGCCAGGCUCUGACGACCGCGGGCCAGACAUCGUGAACCUUAUGGACAUCCCUGUGACGUCACCCAUCCCGAUUUUGCGCCUCAAAACGCUAUCGCAUCUACGUCGUACCGCUGCGGAACGCAAGCGUUCCAAGAAGACUAGAGAGCUUGAGGAACGUUUAGCGUAUGGCAAGGACGAGCUCAAGAGAUUGCAGAAGCUGAAGCGCCGACGAUCGACCAAUGGACUGCCGAUCUCCACGACGUCGUUCCCGGAUCUAAUGGAUAAUUUGCCACAGCUGCAGGAGAUGGACGAGGAGUUCCAUGUUGGCAAGAAUCUCCGCUUCCCAUGCGAAUGCCGGUCCUGCAAGCAUCUGAAGCGCUGGAGCUCCAUUUUGCAGCCCUACCGCUGUACGAGCGCUUCGUGCAAGAUCGCAUUUGAGUCGUUCACGGACAUGUACGAGCACCAGCUCGAGGUGCACGGAGGUCUCGACCCGAGAUCUAAUCGUGUCGUGAACGACACAUUCCGACAGCAACGAGGCAUGCUGGCCUACCCACCCCCUACCGUAUAUGCGGCGCAGCAAUUCAUGGUUCCUAGUCGCCCACCGACCCCGUGGAAGUCGAUGAAAGAGCUGGAUGAAGAGGCAAAGAUAGUGCGUAAGAAGUUGGUGGACUACAAUCAGCAAUAUGAAACACCCUACAAGUUGUUCGACAUGGGAUACAAGCUGGUUAAGAAAAACGGAUGGAAGGAGGUGCAAUGGCAGUACCAAAUUGCCAUGGAGCACUUUUACUCCGGGUUCAAGUUCCCGGCCUCGAGUCGCAGAUUCCGAGACGGCUGCCCAUCGGUUGAACGAGGCAGAAAUUGGCUGACUUCUACAGACCGGGAAGACGCUCGGGUGCUGCAGCCGUUUAGUCUUGGCGACAAAACCGACGUCGAGCCUGAAUUUGUGCUGAUUGACACGAAACGCGAUCAGGAGAUGCAAAAAAAACUCAUCGAGUUAAGCGACGACUCUGCUGACGAUAUUUUACCCACUAGAGGCAGAACUCGCCGCAAAAAGAAGACCUUUAAGAAGGAUGACGACGUUGAGAUGAAGACACAAGAGGAUGAUGACGACAGCAUUAAACUGAAAGCCUCUGGAGGUGGUGAAGCCAACACCAUCAAUGAAAGCAAAGUCUUUGAAUUCGACAGCGACAGCGACGUAUCUGUUAAGUCGGAAGUUAAUACCGAGGGCGAGUUGAAAUCCUCUCGGACUGCCAACGCUAGAGAUAGCGAUAGCAGCAGUGACGGCGACAGUGAAGAGGAACUCGAACUGAAAGACUCUAGAGGUGAUGACAGCAAUAACGACAGCGAUAGCGGCAGCGACAGGGACUCCGAGUUGAAAUCCACUGGAGCUGCCGGCGCUUGUGACAGCGACCAUGGAAAGGAACUCGAAGUCAAAGUCUCAAAAGAUAGUGCCGAUGAAACCGUAAGUGACACAGAGAGUAGCAAUGACGACGAGAUCGACGUGAGGGCCUCUAAAGGUGGUAACGAUGACUUAGUCAGCGAUAGCGAUAGCAGCAGUGAUGACAAAGUCGAGCUAAACGUCGUUGCAAACACGGUCACUGAUAGUGAUAACGAGAGCAAAAGUGAUAUCGACACCGACGAUGAUCCCAACUUCUCCAAGACCAAGCUUGUUCACGAAGUGACCUCGUCCUCAGAAGACAGCGACAGAGAUACCGACGUGGAGACUAAUCUCGCUCAAGACGAAUCCAGCCAAUUCGUCAGCGACACCGACAGCGAAAGGGACGAAGAGCACAAAACCCUCAACUCGCAAGACGACAUAUUUAAUUAACCAGAAUAGACAAUAGAUCCUCCAGUGUCCACCUCCCAGACUCCACGAUUUUCUAUGUACGCCACAUGAACUUCCA